AUGGAGGAGGCAAAGAAUAUGGCUCUGCUCUUCUUUAUGGACCAUCUGAUGCAGAAAAAUGGACGGAGGACGAUUCAUGAUUUGAGUUGUCAGUUUGGGGCACGCGGGUUUAGUGAGGAAAUGAGAAAUGCCGUUGGAACUACUCAAGAGGGAUUGACUGAAUUUUUACAGGGUCACCCAUCUCUAUUCACUGUUGAAGGAGAUCAAGUAAUUCUGAACGGGCAUAACGAUCUAAAUGCCAAAAACAAUCCACUUCUUCAAUCCGGUGUUCGCAGUCGGAAUUACGAGAAAGAAGCUGUCGAUUUCUUCGUAACAAAACUCACCAAAUUCGGUCCAGAAUUGCAAAUCAAAUCUCUAUUGGGACAUCGUUCCCAAGCUGCUCCAGAAGUUCGUCUCGUUUCGGGACGUCAUCUGAAAGAGUUCUGCGAGUUUUUGCAAUCUCAAGUGGACUAUUUUGUUGUCGAAGGGGAUCGAGUCCGACUGAAAAAUAUGCCGGAGCCGGAUGAGAAUGCGAUUGAAAUGGAUGAUGAGGGGAGACCAUUGGCUGGAGUGAAAGCAAAACAAGCAGCUGUUGAAUAUUUGAAAUCAGUGCUGGAACAAAAUGAAGAUCAACCAAUUCCUUUGGAUAUCUUUUAUCAGAAUUUCUGUCAACGGUUCUCGCAUACAAUCCGACAGGACGUUGCAACUAAUCCGAAAGAACUUCUUCAAUUUCUGAAACUCAAUCGAGGACUCUUUUUCAUUCGGUCGAAUAAAGUAUCUCUUGUGAAGAAUCGUCCAAAUGAAGAAGGGUCGGAAAACGGAUCAGACGAAGGAGAUGAGACAAACAACAAUGGAAUGUUCCCACUUGAUCAGAGUUCUCUUACCAGAAUUCACUUUGUGAAAGCUUUGAAACCAGCUCAAGAUCUGAUUGCAAGGCUUUGGCAAGACAUAAAUAACAUGGAAAAGAAAGUUGUUGGAUUGGAUUUGAAGACUGUUACCGUAGGAGUCGACGGAGAAAUUUUCUUGUCUCUAGGAGUCAUUGCCACCACAUCUCAAAUCGGAAUUUUUGAUCUUGCUUCAAGUGACGUCAUAAUUUUAGAAUCUGGAUUCAAGGGAAUUUUGGAGAGUGAAAAAGUGGUCAAAGUGAUUCAUGAUGCACGACGAGUUGCUUCGUUGCUUGCCCACAAAUAUGCAGUUCACAUGAGAAAUGUUUUCGAUACUCAGGUAGCCCACUCUCUCCUCCAACAUGACAAAUUCGGAAAAUCUCUUCAUGAAAUGCGUCCAAUCUCUUUCAUCAAUUUACAACGUGUCUACUAUCCACAAUCCAUUAUGCUCAGCGAUGUAACUCCACGGAAAAUGAGUCAGAGUCCAAACUGGGGCGUUCGACCAAUCACCGAAGAGUUCCAACUGACAAUUGUAGAAGAAGCUCACUGUCUCCUUUCAGCUCUUUAUCAAGCACUUUCCAAUCUGAUUCCGGUGCAUUUACGUGGUCUUUUCGAAGACAAAUGCAUCGAGGUAAACCAUCCUGAGGUUCUCCUCGCAUCCCCCAAUCGUCCACCACCUCAACCAUUUAUCUCCUCUCCAUAUCGUGCCUCAACUCGCCGUGACGCAAGAAACGGCGGUUCCAUAAUGCAAUCCUUUUCACCAGCCCCCUAUGCAGCUGCUCCACGUCCACAGAUGUCGGAUGCAUGUACUCAAACAUUCUCCACGGGCGAUAUCGAAGUGCUCAAUGUAUUCUACGAGUAA